AAAUGCAUUUCCACCCAGCACAGCAAUGCCAUCCCUUGCCACAUGAAGCUGGUAGCUUCUGGAAGGGGCCUGGGUCUGCAGGACACAUGCGCUCUGGAUUCCAGCUGAGAAGUCCAAGGAGCUUGGCUGGUUUUAUGAGUCAGGAGCUCCCUGGAAAACCUGCUGGCCAGUUUCUUCCCCCUCCAGCCCCAACCCAGGGCUGCUCUCGGCCCCCCUUGCCCCAGCCUUUGCCACCGCAUUCCGCCUGCUGCCUUUCACACGUGGCGCACAGCACGCAACCCGCAAAGGAAGAACCUCAAGCGACAAACCCCAGCCCUGGGGGCGGAGGCGAGGCUGGAGAGCGGAACUGAAAGCCCACACAGCCCAGUCUGCCCGCUCGCUGCCCUGCAGGCGCUGCCCCAGCUCCCCGGCCGUGGGGACCCUGUGCUGAGGCAGGAUGGAGGAUUUAGGCGCAGCUGCCACCUCAGGCUCAGCCUCAGAGAGAGGAUUUGAAGGCAGCAUACAGCCGCUGCUGCCGUCGCCCCCACCCACAGCAGCUGCCCGGCAGCUGGACGAGCUCCUGGCUGACCUGGGCCACAUGCAGAGCAAGCUAGUGGCUGUGGGGCAGGGAGCCGGGGUGCCAGCGGAGCCCAAGUCCCUGCUGGACAAUAUGCUGGGCAGCCUCACACGGGACCUGCAGGAGCUGGGAAUCGCAGCCACCCCCGCUGGCGUCUGCACCGCCUGCCACAAGCCCAUCUCCGGCAGGGUGCUUACAGCCCUGGGCAAAACCUGGCACCCCGAGCACUUCACCUGUGCCCACUGCGGGCAGGAGCUGGGGGGCCAGGCCUUCUUUGAGCGGGGUGGGCGGGCAUACUGCGAGGAUGACUACCACCAGGCCUUUUCCCCCCGCUGCGCCUACUGUGCUGGCCCCAUCCGCGAGAAAGUCCUCACAGCCCUGGACCAGACCUGGCACCCCGAGCACUUCUUCUGCGCCCACUGUGGGAAGGUGUUUGGAGACGACGCUUUCCACGAGCACAGCGGGAAGCCGUACUGCCGCCAGGACUUCCUGGCCAUGUUUGCCCCGAAGUGCCAGGGCUGCGAGCGCCCUGUGACAGACAAUUACCUGACGGCUCUGCACGGCGUCUGGCACCCCGAGUGCUUCGUCUGCGCGGUGAGUGCCCAGCGGGGACCCAGGGGUGAGCGUGUUCCUGAGGCUGUGCCAGCCUUCCCCGUCUUCUUCCACCCAGGAGUGCCUGAGCGGCUUCGCCGGUGGCUCCUUCUACGAGCUGGAGGGUCGGCCCUACUGCGAGCUGCACUUCCACCAGCGGCAGGGCAGCAUCUGCCACGGCUGCGGCCACCCGGUCACCGGCCGCUGCAUCACAGCUGCAGGGCGCAAGUACCACCCCGAGCACUUCAUCUGCGCCUACUGCCUGGGGCAGCUGCGGAAAGGCACCUUCCGCGAGCGCGGCAACAAGAUGUACUGCCAGGCUUGCCACGACAAGCUCUUCCUCUGAGCCCCCAGCACGCAGCCACCCUUCCCGCCUGCCUGCCUGGCCCCAGCACCGUCCGGCUGAGCUGAACACACCUCGUAUUCUUCCACCCACCAACGUCUCUCGACCUGAAGCAAUAAAACAUCUAGCCCUA